AUGGCUUUAUGGAAAACCUCAGAUGCGAUCCGUGUGGUGCCGCUAGGGAAAGGUUUCUUUUCGAUAAUUUUCGUGAACGAAUCUGAGCUUGCUACGGCAAAAUCUAGGGCUACUUGGAAAUUGAGCAAAGGUAUUAUUCGGAUCAGGGAAUGGGUUCCGGAUUUUGACUCGUACAAAGAAUCAUCUGCCCUCUCUCAAGUCUGGUUGAGAAUCUAUUAUCUUCCUCACGAGUACUGGCAUCCGGAAGUUAUAAUCGGCAUAGCCAGAUAUGUCGGUCUUCCUAUUAAACUUGAUGGUUUUGCGUUUGCUGGGCAUGUUGGUCACUUUGCUCGUGUUCUUGUCGACAUGGAUGUCUCUAAGCCUAUUCCCGAAACUCUCACGGUGGAUAAGGGGACUCGCUCUUUUGAGGUAGAGUUCGUCUAUGAAAAUUUGCCGCACUUCUGUGGUUAUUGCAAACUUGCAGGUCAUAAUAUUGCUCAAUGCCGCCGCAAGAAACAGCAGGAUAACAACACUGAGGCCACGAACCCUAAAAGCUUGGAUCAGCCUUCUUUCAAGUCCAAUCACAAUAAAACUAUGGGGAAAGAAUGGCAGAAAAAUAAAGAGAUCCCUAUUGGUAAUUCCUUCGAUGCUUUAUCGAAAGAGCUUACCGGAGCAGAGGACUUCAACGAGGGGACUCUUCUUGAGAAUGAGAGGACUUCCAUGAUCAGCGCUUCGGAACAUUUUAACCGCAAUCCCGCUGAGGAGUUUCGUCAUACAGAUGGGGCACAGAUUUCGCCCAAGCAUAAAGAAAGGUUGUCCGGACCUGAUUUACUUGCUGCCGCGUGCAGACCUGUUCCUGAUUCGAGCCUCGAACCACACAUAAUACUUGAAGAGGAAUUAACUAACAAGAGCGCCGAGACGGGUAAUUUUGCUGAUAAGGAGGUGGCCUUGGGAAACAUGAUGAAAGUAUAG